CACACACGGAGAACAGAUUGUAUGCUGCUAAGCCCAAGUCAGAUGAUCAGUGGCAAUGAUUUACACACAUUUAUCAAAGUGUCCAAAAGGGAAUCGUUGCCAUAGAGGAGUACUUGUGACCAUCUGUAGUCUGUUUAUACAUGCGUUGUGUGUGAGCCCUGUGGUGACCCUGAACUGCUCUGCACCCACCACUCAGUCCCUCCUCGCUGCCUUCAAUACAGACGUCUUCAUUUUCAGCGCAGUGCGUCCUGUCAACAACCAGAACACACAUACUAACAUCAGUAUCUACUUCACCCUGUAUGCCAUCUUAGGCGUGGAUGAAAAGGCACAAAUACUAGAGACAUUUAUCUGGCAGACAAUGAUGUGGAGGAUUGAGUCUCUGAGUUGGGACCCAGUGGAGUGUGGCACUUCCGUCAUCACUGUGCCCCGGGAAAAGUUGUGGAGGCCAGAUGUGGUGAUCAAUGAAUUUGUGGACAAGAACAAGGCUCCUGACACAUAUUACGUGCGGGUGAACAACACAGGCUACGUGACCGACGGGAUGCCCGUGAAGGUGAAGAGCUCCUGCAAUCUCAACAUCUACACCUUCCCCUUCGACAUACAGAAGUGCUCGUUCACUUUCCAAAGCUACAUGCACACCGCUGAUAGGGUCCACAUGUACUUUGGAAGGUCGGUGGAGGAAAUCCUGCAGCGCUCCAAUGAGCUGAUGCAGACUAUGGGGGAGUGGGAGCUGCUGGGCAUGACGUCGUACAAACACAACCUCGUCACCUUCGACGGCAACAGCUGGGACGAGCUCACCUACUAUAUUACCCUGAGACGGCGAGCCACUCUGUACGUGGUGAACCUGAUCAUCCCCAGCUGUUUCCUCAUCACACUGGACCUGUUCAGCUUCAUCCUGCCCCCACAGAGCGUGGACCGAUCCGCCUUCAAGAUGACCCUCAUUCUGGGCUACACCGUCUUCCUGCUCCUCAUGAACGAGCUGCUGCCCGUCACUGGAAACACCAUUCCACUCCUGAAUGUGUUUUUCUCCAUCUGUCUGGCUCUCAUGGUGGCUAGUCUACUGGAGACUAUUGUCAUCACCAACAUGCUGCACAACUCCAAGGAUUUACCACCAGUGCCACACUGGCUUAGGGUCCUCGUCCUAGAGGUGAUGGCACGCCUCGUCUGCCUAUACCGGAAGAAAAAGGAUGAUGGAGUCAUCAUUUUCCAAAAUCAAGCCAGUGUUGUGGAGACUAAAGCUGGUGCUGAUGCAGUGGACCAGUCCCCUGCUAAAGACACGGCCAGUGAGACGGUGGUGGAGCUGAGGGAGCUGAGGCGACACGUCCAGGCCAUCCAUCGGCACGUGUCCAAGGGCUCUCAGCCGGACCACAAGACAGAGGAGUGGAUCCACAUUGGCCACAUCGUCGACCGUUUCCUGUUCAUCUCCUACGCCAUCUUCAUCACUGUCAGCUUCAUCACCAUCAUCGUCAUAUGGAUCCACUGGGACAAUGUUUAGUUGCCAGAGCUCACUCAGUGUGUGCUCAAAACCAUUUGUUUGCCAGAGCUCACUCAGUGUGUGCUCAAAACCAUUUGUUUGAAGUAGUUUGUCUUGUUACAGUAAAUGAG